AUGGCGCCCUUCAACUUCGAUGAAAAGCUGGUUGACCCAGUGCUCGCUGAGUUCAUUGAGGGGUUUUAUGCCUAUGCAGAUCGCAAGGAAACCAUCGAGAGGUGGGCGACCUGUUUUGCUGAGGAUGUGGUGAUGAUUCGAGCUGGAGGCAAUGUAGUGGGACCAAAAAGCAAGCCAUCGAAUUCUAGCCAUCCCAGCAUCCGAUUCUGUUUGCUAAUGACUCCAGAAGAGCUUUGCGAGUUGAACGAAUCAACAUGGGAGAACUUCAGCAGCCGAAAACACAAUAUUCUUAAAGGAUUUGCUUUGAGCUCGAAACCAUCGGACGAGGUUAUGCUACAUGGGUAUAACGAAUACGUCGAUACCGACAAGUCUACAGGCCGCAGAGACUGGGCUUCUCGGAUCAAGUUCCGGCAGACUGGCAACGGAGAGCUUCAUAUUACAGAGUACCAGUCUUAUCUUGUAGUGGAGGUCGCAGGAGGAAAAGCGAAGUAG